CAUGGCCUCACCACCCCAUGUCAACAAGCACCUCAAACCAUUGUUCCAGCUCGUCGUGAACAACUUCCUUGUGCUCGUCGUCGCGCCGGUGACAGCCAUCGUGUUCCUCCGUAAAGCCGCACAGCUCGGACCCGAGGAGAUCCUCUCCCGGCUCCAUGGUUUGCGGCAGGCCCACGCUCUGCUGGCCGUCUUCCUCCCGCUCGCCUUGGCCACCCUCUACCUCAUGAGCCGCCCUCGUAGCGUGUACCUCGUCGACUACGCUUGCUGCCGGCCAAAUUCCAAUUGCCGCGUCUCCAUAGGCUCCUCCGUCGAGAAUGUUCGCUUCUCGCCUUACCUCGACGAUGGAGGUGUCGACUUCAUGACGCGCAUGCACGAGCGCUCGGGCCUCGGUGACCAGACCUACCUCCACCCUUCGUUCCACUAUAUCCCCCCGCGAUGCUGCUUGAGUGAUGCUCGUGACGAGGCGGAGCAGGUCAUCUUUGCAGCCGUCGACGACCUGUUCGCCAAGACCGGCAUAAGUCCUGGAGCUAUCGACAUACUCGUCACCAACUGCAGUGGCUUCAACCCGACCCCGAGCUUGGCUGACAUCGUCGUGAACAAGUACAAGCUCAGAGCCGACAUCCGGAGCGUGCACGUAUCCGGGAUGGGGUGCAGCGCGGGGGUGAUCUCCCUAGAGGUCGUGAGAAACCUCCUGCAGGCGGCACCGCGGGGCGCGCGCGCCCUCAUGGUGUCCACGGAGGGCACCUCUAUCAUCAACUAUGCCGGCAGGAACCGGGGGAUGCUGCUGCCGCACGCCCUGUUCCGCAUGGGCGCGGCCGCGGUGCUGCUGUCGACGUCCAAGUCCAUGGCCCGCUUCCGGCUCAUGCACAUCGUGCGAACGCUCACCGCCGCACACGACAGAGCUUACCUGUGCAUUUCCAUGAAAGAGGACGACGAGGGAGAAACAGGAGCGUACCUGUCCAAGGACCUUGUACCAGUCGCCGGCGAAGCUCUGAAAGCCAACAUCAUGGCAAUAGGGUCCCUCGUGCUCCCACGGUCGGAGAAGCUACUCUUUGCGAUCUCAUUCGUUGCGCGGAAGGUGAUGAGAAGCAAGAUGAAGCUAUAUGUCCCUGAUUUCCGGACGGCCUUCCAGCACUUUUGCAUCCAUUCCGGUGGCCGCGCGGUGAUCGACGCGGUGCAAAAUAGCUUAAGAUUAUCAGACAGGGAUGUCGAGGCAUCACGGAUGACGCUUCACCGGUUCGGGAACACGUCCAGCAGUUCAUUGUGGUACGAACUUGCAUACAUCGAGGCCAAGAGACGGAUGAAGAAGGGCGACCGGGUGUGGAUGAUCGGGUUCGGUUCUGGGUUCAAGUGCAACAGCGCCGUGUGGCAGUGCAUGAGGCCGGCCAGCAACAUCAUUGUCGGCACGCCAUGGGCUGAUUCUCUUCAUAUGUAUCCUCUCAACUACAUCUCGGAGGAAGUGGGCUAAAAAGUUCCUGAAUGGACAAGUACAAUUCAAUUCAUACCAUAGUAUUGAUUUGUCUGUUUAACUUUGCUUUAUUCAUAGCACGCUGAGACAAAGAAAAGAUAUGUAAUGGUGUUGGAGAAAAAAUAUGAAAAGAAAUCAUGUUUGUGGAGAA